AACAUAAUUUGAAAUUAAUUAUUUGGAUCGUCGUCGUCGCUCUUUCUCAGCGUGUUUCUAUUCUUUUUCUUAUUCCGAUCAAACCCAAAAAAGAGAUGUCAAAAUCUCAAGUGAAUUUCAAUCAAAAAAUAGACUACGUUUUCAAAAUAGUACUCAUCGGCGACUCUGCAGUUGGGAAAUCUCAGCUACUCGCUAGAUUCGCCAGAAACGAGUUCAAUUUAGAUUCCAAAGCAACCAUCGGAGUUGAAUUCCAAACUAAAACCCUAACUAUUGAUCAUAAAACUGUCAAGGCUCAGAUUUGGGACACUGCUGGUCAAGAACGCUAUCGAGCAGUGACAAGUGCAUAUUACAGAGGAGCAGUGGGGGCAAUGCUGGUUUAUGAUAUAACCAAGCGUCAGUCUUUUGAUCAUGUCGCUAAGUGGUUAGAGGAAUUGCGUGGGCAUGCUGAUAACAAUAUCGUCAUCAUGCUUGUAGGAAACAAGUCUGACCUGGGGUCACUUAGAGCUGUACCAACUGAAGAUGCCAAAGAAUUUGCUCAAAAGGAAAGCCUCUUCUAUAUGGAGACAUCAGCCCUUGAGUCCAUUAACGUUGAGUCUGCUUUCAUUUCAGUACUAACAGAGAUUUAUCGAGUUGUCAGCAAAAAGUCUCUGGUUGCAAAUGAAGAACAGGAGGAAGGGAACACUUCACUUCUCAAGGGAAACAAGAUUAUUGUUCCUGUACAGGAGCCAGAAUUGCGAGCUAAUAACUCUGGCUGUUGUAGUAGAUCAUAGGAUUAAAUUUCUGCACACCUUGGGUAUCUUCUGUUUAUAAUUCCAGCAGAUAAUCAUACGGCUUCGCUGGGCAUUUUGUACAUCAGGUAACUGAUUUUCCGCUGUUUGUCAAGGAUGUACUGGUUGAUUGGCAUUCAAAGAUUGUGGUGCUCCAUGUUCAAACUUUAAACUUUUGUGAUAUAGAUGAAAUUAAAUGAUUGCAAACCUAAGUGGGAAGCCAAAGAGAAAUCGAUUCCACAAUUACACCAUCCAAACAAAAUAUUUCCAUGUACAAUCAAAAUUAAACUUUUUCUAUAUGGAGAAUGGACAUAGAAUUGCAAUGGAGCUCUUGAGCAACUUUUAAUUUUAAUAAAUUUAACCAUUGAUGAGCGUUUUAAAGUGUA